AUGCAGACUUGUCGAAGGGACCAAGAACCCCGGCCGUUGUCACGGAUAUGCAAGCUCCCAAUUGCAGAACCUUCUUGCGCUCCCGCUCCACAACCGAGCCAGAGGCACACACCGACAUCCAUCCUACAGCGCCCCUCCUCAGCUCUCACCAGCGGCGCGCUAGUGGAAGGCAGGAAUCGUGCCACCGGCCAGACCGAGCAACUCACUGAAACUGCUGUCCUUCCAGUCCGCGGGCCAGAUCAUCGCCAGCCAACAUGCUCGACUUCGCCGGACUACCUACCCAACGGUCCAACUCACAAGCACGUAGCACAUUACUGUGAUCUUACUGCGUAUGGUUGAUGGUUGAUUCUGCGCUAUUUACUGCGCGGUUACUGGAGAAUCCGAGGCGUGAUCGGCGCUUUGUUUCUGUGGUUACACUCCUCCUGCCGGGCGCGGUGUUGGGCGGGUACUUGACGCGCGCUGGGAGUACAGA